AUGGAAGGGAUCUCUGAAAAAGAAAGAGAUCGCAACAUUAGGGGAAUAAGAAAGGGUAGAGGAGAGUUCGUAAGGCAGAAGGAGAGAGGGCGCAGCACAGCUGGGUCGAACGCGAUCAUGGUAGGGGAAGUCGGUGUCCUCGGAGUCCUCGUUCACACGAGUCACGAGCGUUGCCGUCCGUCAGUACGGCGCGGAACGCGUUCCUGUUUGUCUCGUUGUGUGGAGUCGGUGUCGCGCGUGCCAGUUUUCAGCUUCUCUCCGUCUUUCUCUGUCAGACUAGGCAUUUCUUUGUUCAUUAUCGUCGACCAAGCAGAGAAAGAGAACGACGCGACUGCACGCUGCCGUGUGACACACGUGUGAUAUUGUGGGUAGUUGGUGUGGUGCGAUAGGAUGCGGUACAAUGACCGUAAAUGAGUAAUCGACGUCCCUGCGAGAACCGGUUGGAAGGACGAGGAUCACGGCGGAAAGGACGCCCGUGGCAGGACUCCAACCUCUGUGCAUAGGAGUAGGAUCGAUCGGCCGUGAGGACGAAGAAGAGCUGCCGAUCGACGAAGGUAGCAAGAGACGGGGGAAAAAGGCUGAAAGCGUGGGAGGAGGGUCGAAAGGUUGAGCGACCCGCGGAGGAGAAAGAAGAGAAAGAGGACGUGGCGGAAGCACGUUCGGUGGAAGAGGAGGAAGAGGAGGAGGAGAAGGAAAAUCGAAAGUAGGAGGGAGACAGAGGUCGAGAGAGGAAGAGAGAUGAGUCUGGUGGGUGACUCGCAAAGUGCGGUGGUCGGUUGUUCGACGAAAGGCAGAUAGCGCCAUUAGUUAUUGCUGGGCCGGAGAACGUCGAGCCGAUGCGCGCUACGGCCCUGGCCGUUGACGAAGAAGGGGAAGAGGAGGAGGAAGAAGAGGAGGACGAGGUUAGAGGAGGGCACAACGGGGCCCAAAGGGCCACGAUGUAUCCCUUCGGGUCGAAGGAACGUCGUCGUCAACCUGGAAUCGGGACGCCCUUGAUUUUCUUCUUGGUGUUCGGUUGCCUUCUAAUCAUCGCCGUUGCCUCGCCUCUUCAUCCUGUGCCACCACAUAGAGGUAUCACGCUCAGUUCUUACAUCGGCUAUUACGAGGUGGCCUCCUAUGAUACCGCGGCCUUGAGACAACAUAGUAACCGGAUGCGUCGCGAUGUCUCCGACGCGGUCGACAAUCAACCUUUGCUGCUGCAACUGAAAGCGCUCGACAAACAGUGGACGUUACGCCUGAUACGAGACAAGGGUCUAUUCAGCAAGGAUGCGACAUUCGAGAGCACGAAUGGCCCCAUUGACUUCGACACGUCGCACUCGUACGUGGGCACCGUGUUGGAGGACGACAAUGCUAUGGUGCAAGGAAUCGUGACAGAGGAUGGCCUUUUCGAUGGCACGGUCGUUACUGGAUUCGAGGAAUACUACAUCGAGCCAACAAAUAGAUACUUGAACAAGGAAGAAGACACAUCUCCGACGUAUCACAGCAUAGCUUAUCGCGCCUCGGAUGUAUUAACGCCACGUAGAUCGUUACCUUGCGCCAGUCAUCAGUUGCAUCAAUCUGCUACUCACGAUUUCACGGAAAGGGGCGAACAUGAUUAUGGGAACGACUCUCGGACGCUUUACGAACCUCUGCUCGGCGAGAGGCAAGCUCUCUACUCGAAGGAAAACGGUGCACGAGUUUUGACCUUGGACAGAGAUAAGAGCGCAGCACGUAUGGAAACAAGCAGCGACGGUGAUCGUAUCGCUAGGCAUUUGCACAAACGUGCCACUGUGGAUCCACGAAAAACUACCUGUAUGCUGUACCUGCAAGCGGAUCAUCAGUUUUUCGCGAGAUACGGCACGGAGGAGGCUUGCAUCGAGGUGAUGACGAGACACGUGCAAAGGGUCAACUCCAUUUAUAAGCACACUGAUUUCAACCAGGACGGCAGACCUGACAACAUCAGCUUCAUGAUAAAACGUGUGAAAGUUCACAGCGAGGACGCGUUGAGAGAUCCCAAUUAUCGAUUCCCAGGCAACUACGGCGUGGAAAAGUAUCUGGAGCUCUUCUCCGAAGAGGAUUACGACGCGUUCUGCUUAGCUUACAUGUUCACGUAUCGGGAUUUCGAGAUGGGAACGCUUGGACUAGCUUGGACCGGUGAUCUGAAAAACGCUGGUGGAGUCUGCGAAAAGAACGGGCACUAUCGUGGCAGUAUGAAGUCGCUGAACACCGGAAUAGUGACUUUGCUGAAUUACGGCAAGCACGUACCACCCGCCGUUUCUCACGUCACUUUGGCCCACGAGAUCGGUCACAACUUCGGCUCACCGCACGAUCCGGAACAAUGCACGCCCGGCGGAGAGGAUGGAAACUUCAUUAUGUUCGCUCGUGCUACCAGCGGCGACAAGCGAAACAAUAAUCGUUUCAGCCCAUGUAGCUUGAGUGCCAUAAACCCAGUUUUGAAUAGCAAAGCUCGUUCUCCGAAGGGUUGCUUUACUGAGCCGCAAGUGUCAUUAUGCGGCAAUGGUGUCAUCGAAGAGGGUGAAGAGUGCGACUGCGGAUGGGAAGAAGAUUGCAGGGAUUCGUGUUGUUUUCCCCAACGUCGUUAUCCGCCAGCAGGCGAGACACCCUGUACGCUCACACCGGGUUCCAUUUGUAGCCCUAGUCAAGGUCCAUGUUGCACUGCAGAGUGCAAUUUAAGAUUCGGAGACAAGUGCAGAGACGACAACGGAUGUCGCGACGCAAGCUUCUGCGACGGUCGAUCACCGUAUUGUCCUCCUUCCAUCAACAAGCCCAACAAGACGAUCUGCAAUCGCGAAUUUGUGUGUUUUAUGGGGGAGUGCACCGGUAGUAUAUGCCUUGCAUACGGAUUGGAAUCUUGCCAGUGCAUUCCCGGGCCAAAUGAUCCGCCGACGAAAGCCUGCGAACUAUGUUGUCGUCUACCCGGAGAAAAUCAACCCUGCUUGUCGUCUUUUGAUUGGAACUCUCCACCCUACGACAUUCCGGACAUGUUCUCGAAGCCUGGAACACCGUGCAAUGAUUAUAACGGAUACUGUGACGUCUUCCAAAAAUGUCGAGAGGUCGAUCCAAGUGGUCCUUUAGCAACCUUAAGGAAGCUUCUCUUAUCCGACGAAAGUCUAGCCACGUUCCGUCGUUGGAUAAUUGACCACUGGUACGCAGCCGCUUUUAUCAUUGUGGCUGCUGUAUCGCUAUUGGUGGCGAGCAUGCGAUUACUGGGCAAACGGCCGGACCUGAAACUCAAGUCAGUUACAAUAAUACACAGCUCAACGACGGAAACUGUGCGUCUUCCGCCGGAGGGAACGGAGGGAGUGACGGUGCAUCCUCCGGCUGUACGUGCAAAGCUUCCACUCAGCAGAAAAGUCAGGGAGAAGAGGAGACAUCGGAAGCAUAAGGAUUCUCAUGGAAACGCGGACAAAUCCGGCAAAGAUGCAUCGAAGAAGAAGAAACAACCUCAAUCGCAGACGAAGAGGAUAUCGGCGAACGCGACCGAGGACUUUGCCAGGAAGAGAUCGGCAGAUGUGACGCCUGCGAUGAUGCAAGAGAACAAACGGAAGAAGACCUUCCCAAGUCGAGAUAAGCAGAAUUCGAGUGGCAACGUAAGCAGCGCGGACAACGAGAAAAGAAAGCGUAAGAAGCAACACAAGAAAGAAGUGAUCGAUUAUUCGGCUAUCCAGGCUGAGAAAGAAACCGAGCCAAACGCCGAUCCGAAAAGCAAAGUACGUUCCUGGUUAUUGGCAUCCUCUCAAUGUCGGCCGGAAACUGGCAGAAGCAACGCGACUGGUUUACCGAAAAGCAAGUCUACUCCUGUGGGUCUGACUGGUGCAGGAACCAGACUGCCUGCGACCAGGCAAGCGGUUUCGAGGAGACCAACCGAAUCUAAAGAAACGAAAACACCAGCAAGUUCAGGGGCAAGAAAAGAGAGGGCGAAGCUGCAAGUAGUUUAUAAACCCCCCUUCAGGUUCAGCGUGAAACUGAGAAAAUCCGACAAGGUAGCACAGGUUCCUGCCCUGGCGCCAAACACGACACACGUCAAUGGCAGGCCGAAGCUUCCACGAACCGGUGUUCUUCUAAGGACAGCGAAAAAGAAGGACAGGGUCAGAAUCGGCAGGGCCAGACAAAUAGCGCCUACAGGAAUCGGAAACAGUGCGGGUGAUUUACCUGAGCCAGCCAAUUCUGAUCUCCAUACCGUUCCUUCCGAUCUCGAGGUGUUACUGUCCGAGAGCGAGUUCCUCUUCUCGGACACGUGACCACGGUGAAUCAGAGACGCUUAGAUCUGUUCAUUAUUUAGAGGAAUCUUUUUAGGAAAAAGAUCUGUAUCGAAGAAAUCGAUACGUCGAAGAAUCCCGUCCGCCGAAGUCGCGAAGGAUAGGUACAUGUGAAAACCUUUUACAUGCUAUCCCGUGGUUCAGCCUCAAUUUCGCUAAUGAUAAAUAUAAUUAAUCGCUCUGGUCGAUCGUUAGAAAACGCUCGACAGAAUAAAGAAUCAAAAGAAGAAGGUAUUUAUUAUUAGUGAAAUCGAACUUCGAAGAACCAAACCGUUUUAUCGUAUUAGUCUAAUGGCUGCUGGGCGUGUUUUCAUAAACGUUGACGCAACCCCAAAUGAGCUUCUUCCGUUCUACUGUGCUGGAAUUUAUUUUUUUAUCGGUAUCUAAUAACGAGGAGCACGCAUACACAUAUGGCGUACGCUUUCGCUCUUUUUCACGUCUUCCUAGUAAUAAGACGACAUAUCUGUCGUACGUUCAGAAUAAUUCACCUCGUAAAUCGUCGAAUUCGUAUUACGAUGUAACGAUCGAUCACCGAAACGAUCCGCGUUCUAUGGAAGUGCUAGUUGAACGAUCCAAGCCAAGUUUUCUUCUUCCAAAGAAAAGGGGCCAAAUUUCACUUUAAAAAAAAAAAACGAAAAAAAAAAAAAGAGAAGACUAACCGCAGCCGUGCGCAUCGACGUAUCGAUGGCACAAGGAACAAAGUCACAGACCUAUUUUCGCCUGUCGAAAAGCGCGCAGAAAAAUUUGUUCUUUCUCCGGAAACACGAGAUUACGAUUCGUUUGCGAUCGCAGCUUCAAUAACAGUUCAGGGAUCAGCGUUCGAUCGAUGUGAGAUGCGACUUCUAGAGUGAUGUACCGUCUUAUUUGGAGACGAAUAACGGAGAGAAAGAGUGGGAGAAAGAAAAAUACUUAAAACUAUUACUAUAUCGUGCCUAUCGUACACCGCUGUUCGAAACUUGCGAAAAGAAUCUCGCGAUCGAAGAGAAAACUUCUUGCUUUUCCUUGGUGAUGGUUUUUCGUGAAACAAACAGGAAGUCAGCAGACACACGAUUUGCUAAGGAAUUCGUGAUCUAGCGACGAAUCGAAAAUUUCCUCUUGGAAAAAAAGAGAAGAAUCUUUGAGAACGUAAAUCGCGGUUGAUAGUUGAAGCUAGUCUAUCCUUUUUGAGUUUCUUUAAAGAUCGUCUAUCGUCAACUUGAUACUUUUUGCCUGCACUUGCUGUUGUUAAUCUAACGUACUAUUCUCAUGGUUCCUAUUCGCCGGCAAUUCCUAACCGCGGUGUAAAACCUGCCGGAUUAUUUGCAUUUCCAGUGGAUAAGUGAUGGCAAGACUCUCGUUGAGCUAUUUAUAUUUUUGAGACUGUAUAAAAGAUACGAGAAUUAUCGACACACAUUCUUCGCUAUAUUUCCAUGAGUUUCAUUCCUGCCAGUGUGUAUUCAGAGAUCGUCUGAAUACUACUGGGAAAACGGUCGUAGCUUAAUCGUAUCGAGAUGAUUUACCAUUACUAUUCUGCGGUGCUAUUAGUCAAUAUCGCUUAGCGAAACGAUUCUGUGCCCGUCGAACAUUCCAACGAUUCCUCCAAAUCUCUUUCCAUCCAAUCGAAUCUAUGUUCCUCUUAUUUCCCUCGUUGAAACUACUUGUUCUUAUUCUAACGUUUGUUAAUGUUAUUUGUUAUUUGCUUCGAUUCAUUCCACUCCACAGAAACGGUGUUUUUCUCAGAAUACUCUAGCAUUUACCCGAUGCUUCUAUUACUUUGACCCACCAUAUAAAGAUCUUAUCGAUCGCAAGCAUUAUCGAAAUAUCCGGUAACAUUUAUGGUUUCGUGAAACAAGAAGAAUAGCUUCCGCGAAACGUACUAGAGACUUGCGAGAGUUAUGUGUUAAAAAAAAAAGAAAAAAAAAAAAACGCUUGUAUCAUCGUUAAGACGCCGAGAGAAAGCGUCGUGAUUGGUCUCGUUGACGAAGAGCAACAGGAAAUUUCUGACCAGAUUUGUUCACCGUUGAUGAGAUAUUAUUAGCGUUAAGGGACGGAGGUGGGCAAAUCUAUUUUUCGUUGUUCAUUAAUGUAAAACACGCUGCGAUAAAUACUGCCAUAACGUAUCGUACAAGAGGGGAAUUACGCGUAAAAUGAUACGUCGUAUAUCGUUAUAACGCGAAAGAACCAUCGAGACACGCUUCGUUUGCCCACCUCUGAUUAAAACCAGUAGAGUAUUUUGCCGAUUGCUGCGAAUAAAUGAACAAAAAUCUGCUUGUGUGUAUACAUACGUGCGUACGUGUACUUAAAUCGUAAGAAUAUGUGAUUUUACUUUUACGUGAAUUUAUAUACACGUUCAACAGGCGUAAGCGGAUUGCGAUCGAGUCUCUGCAAACUCUGAGAGUCGAUCGUUCAAUAUGUGUUACGCGACUAAUAUUUAAUUAACCCAUUGGCCUAAUAUUACGUAAAUCGUAAGCGAUUAUUAUUUAGUCAGAAACGUUUACUCGAAUAGUCGGGUACUAUUUAUUAAACGAAACAUCAGAGAAGCAUCAGCUAGUGCGACUGCAGUUUCCGACUGGCUAAGAGAUUGUUGGAUCCAUCUUUCCUCCUUCGUUUCUCUUAGAGAAAAGUUAGAGAAGAAACGACGCGUAGAAAGCCGCGUCAGCCGAAAGAGAAAACAAGAGUAGCGAGUCGAUGUAGGCAAAUGGGUUAUCAAAGGAAAUGUGAUUUUACUUUUAAGACCAAUCUGUGUUAAAUUCGUGAACUUGACCGGUUCUGAGCCAGUGGCCAUGUCGCCUAAUUCCCUCCCUCGUUAUCGCUUCGUACUUAAGAAAUUCUCUAUAGAGGUUGUUUAGUUCGCUGGAAGAAAGAGCCGUAGGUCAGGACCAUUCGUCGAGAUGCAAUUUCGAUACGUGGAGAUACGGAUUUCACGUAGCGUGUAAGGAAUACAAAUAGGCAACUUAUAAUAGUAUUCAGUUUUUAAAGUUUAAGAUCAUUACGAUCAUCCAUUGAACGACGAUCUUCCGAGAAAAGAGUUUCUCUAUGAUCUCAGGAAUGCGUUUCACGAGUUCAUUUCCGAAUAUUACUGUAUCGUUUCCAAGUGUAUAAUGUUUUAACGAUAGAUAUAUUAAUUUACUCGUCAUUUAAAGAAGAGAUGAGAACGAUCGACCGAUCAAAUUAAUUUGUAAGCGACUAUGGCGACUAGCCAGUCACCGAGAAAACUAACGUUCGUACUUAUAGUUAUUCUUAAUGCUCGAGUGCUACUUGUUUCGCUACUUCAACCCCUUCUUACGCCGAACAUGUUUUAACACAGAGUGAAAGAGAAACAGAGAAAGAAGGAAAAAAGAAAUUGAAACGAUCGUUUUGAUAUUACAUGACAAUUGUUAUAAAUCGAAAAUGAAAAAUUGCAAAUGGAAGGGGUAAAAAUGGUAGAAGAAAUCGCUCGAGAAUUGCCUCGAUUGCCAAGAAAAAUCCGAUCGGCAGAACGAAACUCGUUAGUUAGCUGUUCCCGUCCGAUUUUUCGAUACUGGACACGCCCGAGGCGAGACUGUUAAUUUAUCACGUACUUAAUAUCCAAUAUAAGAUGGGGCUGCUGUAUUUUUACACGGACUUUGUAUAAAUGACGAGAGCCGCAAGAACCGCGAGAGCGAUGGUUUUCGCGCAUCAUUGUAUAUAUCUGUAUACCAAUAAAUAGCUGUAGAAUUAAAAAUUUAA